GUGAGGAGCUGCAGCCGCGGGCAGAGGAGAUCGCAGCAUCAUCUAGAUCCCAGCGCUGCCUCCGCCUCCGCUGCUGCUGCUGCCGGGGCCGUCGCUGCUGCUGUUGCUGCUGCUGCUGCUGCUGUUGCCGCCGCCGCUCCUCCAGUCUCACCUCCGCGACUCCCGUUACAUGGACAACAAGUGAACUGGCGCUGCUGCCCCUGCCAGUGCCCCCGCAGCCUCCUCCUCCUCAUCUUUCUGCUCCUUCUCUUCCUCCCACUUCCAGGCUGCACCCGAAGCCCCCUAACUCAUUUGACACUGGCACCACCACGAAGAGCGUCCCUGGCACAAAUUAAACUCAGUCUCGACCCCUGGAUUCCCUUAAGGCAUUUGACCCCUAUUCUCGGUGCUUUUCUAAACUUGUUACAAAGUUGCUCGGGUCCCUCCUCCUUCUCACUGCCUCUCUUGGCCCCUUUGCCACCCUUGCAGCCCCCGUCCCCCUCUCUUCUCCUCCAAGGGCUGUGUGGCAGGGCACUGAGGGGAGCAGCCCUUUUUCUCCUCCACACACGUCUCAGCCUCCUCCUGCUGCUACUGCUGCUGCUGCUGGGCAGAUGAUGCUGAAGAUGCUGUCUUUUAAGUUGCUGCUCGUGGCUGUGGCUCUGGGCUUCUUCGAAGGAGAUGCCAAGUUUGGAGAAAGGAACGAAGGGGCUGGUGCGCGGAGGAGAAGGUGUCUGAAUGGGAACCCACCAAAGCGUCUGAAAAGGAGGGAUAGGAGGAUGAUGUCCCAGAUGGAUUCCCUAAAUGGGGCAGAAGCUGUCUGCGGUGCCUUCUACCCUCGGCUCUCUUGCUGUUCCAGGAUUGACAGUCAAUCUCUGCUGCACAUGGAAUCUAAGAUAUUUUCUGUUACCAACAACACGGAGUGUGUGAAACUCCUGGAGGAGAUCAGAUGUGCCCACUGCUCACCACAUUCUCAGAAUCUAUUCCACUCACCUGAGAGAGGGGAAGCCUCUGAAAGAGACCUAGCCUUGCCUUUGCUGUGCGAAGAUUAUUGCAAAGAAUUCUAUUACACAUGUAGAGGCCACAUUCCAGGUUUCCUUCAAACUACAGCUGAUGAGUUUUGCUUUUACCACGCAAGAAAAGAUGGUGGGUUGUGCUUUCCAGAUUUUCCAAGAAAACAAGUGAGAGGCCCAACAUCUAACUAUUUGGACCAGAUGGAAGAAUAUGACAAAGUGGACGAGAUCAGCAGAAAGCACAAACACAGCUGCUUCUGUGCCCAGGAAAUUGUGAGUGGAUUGAGGCAGCCUGUUGGAGCCCUCCACUGCGGGGAUGGCUCCCAUCGGCUCUUCAUCCUUGAAAAGGAAGGCUACGUGAAGAUAUUCACCCCCGAAGGAGAAAUUCUCAAGGAGCCCUUUUUGGACAUACACAAACUUGUUCAGAGUGGAAUAAAGGGAGGAGAUGAAAGAGGACUGCUAAGCCUUGCAUUCCAUCCCAAUUACAAGAAAAAUGGAAAGCUGUAUGUGUCUUAUACCACCAACCAAGAACGAUGGGCCAUUGGACCUCACGACCACAUUCUUAGGGUCGUGGAAUAUACAGUGUCCAGAAAAAAUCCCCAACAAGUUGAUAUGAGAACAGCCCGCGUAUUCCUGGAGGUAGCCGAGCUGCACAGGAAGCAUCUAGGCGGACAGCUGUUGUUUGGCCCAGAUGGCUUUUUGUACAUUUUCCUCGGGGAUGGGAUGAUCACCUUGGAUGACAUGGAAGAAAUGGAUGGUUUAAGUGAUUUUACAGGUUCGGUGUUACGGCUGGAUGUAGAUACUGACAUGUGCAAUGUGCCUUAUUCCAUACCGAAGAGCAAUCCACACUUUAACAGCACCAAUCAGCCCCCCGAAGUAUUUGCACAUGGGCUCCACAAUCCAGGCAGAUGUGCAGUGGAUCGACACCCCACAGAUGUAAAUAUCAACUUAACAAUACUUUGCUCAGAUUCAAAUGGAAAGAACAGGUCAUCAGCCAGAAUUUUACAGAUCAUAAAAGGGAAAGACUAUGAAAGUGAGCCAUCGCUCUUAGAAUUCAAGCCAUUCAGUAAUGGGCCCCUGGUUGGUGGAUUUGUUUACCGAGGUUGCCAGUCUGAAAGACUCUAUGGAAGUUAUGUGUUUGGAGACCGGAAUGGACCUUUAAUGCCUGAAGAAUGCAGACCCACCAUUCAGCCUGUACAGCCCCUAACAUCGGAAUGCUCUCGGCUUUGUAGAAAUGGUUACUGCACACCUACAGGAAGAUGCUGCUGUAGUCCAGGCUGGGAGGGUGACUUCUGCAGAAUCGCAAAAUGUGAACCAUCCUGUCGCCACGGAGGAGUUUGCAUUCGACCAAAUAAGUGCCUGUGUAAAAAAGGAUACCUGGGACCUCAGUGUGAACAAGUGGAUAGAAACAUCCGCAGAGUGACCAGGGCAGGUAUUCUCGAUCACAUCAUUGACAUGACAUCCUAUUUGCUGGAUCUAACAAGUUACAUUGUAUAGUUUCGGGGACUUUUUGGAUUCUCCAUCCUGAUGGGCAUUUAUUUUUAAUCCUGUCAUUUAAAAAAAAGAAACAAAAUGAAAAGACUGUUAUCCUGCUACAA